CAUCACGUAAUAAUGUUAUGCAUAUGUCUUUAUGUUAUACAUUUGACGAUAUAAACAUCUUAUAAAAUUAAUGAGUGUAUAAUUUGAAGUAUUGGCUAUACACAUGUAUAGCUAAUGUUACGGUAGAGAUUUUUCUUUUAAAUCUACUAAAUCGCUCAUAGCAUGGACUUAUACAUCAUAUGAGUGCUUGAUCUUUCUUUGGAUUAAACUAUACAUAUAUCAGGAUAGACCAAGAAUCCAUGUUCACAUCUUAAACCUACUGAAUGAUGAAGGCUUUUACAUUAUACAAGAUUGGUCGAAUAAGAAAUAAAUGGAUUACCGACGGAUUGUCCGAAAUCAUGAGCACAUUUAUGCUAGCUCUUUUCGUGUAUGCAUCUGGUGCUCAGGAUGUGUUGACCCGUGGAGCUGCAAGUUCCCCAACUGGUCGAGCAUUAGCAGCGGGAGUUGGUCUGAUGCUGGCGGUAUACUGUGGUUUUAAUGCUUCUGGUGCCUGUGUCAACCCGUGUAUUGCAUUGAUGUUUUGUUUGACGGGAAAGCUACAGUGGAGGAGGUAUCCAGUCUACGUGAUAUGUGAAUUUACAGGAGCAUUCAUAGCCGCUUGUUUCACUUAUGGAAUAUACUCUGAAUUGAUAAGUAAUUUUGACGGAGGCAAACGGCAGAUGUACGGAGAGAAUGCAACGGCGCAUAUAUUCACAUCGUUUCCGAGAGAUGAUCUUUCUAAAACAACAGGAUUCUUUGAUAUUUUCACAGGAUGUGGUCUGCUGACAGGAACAACGUGCAUGUUAACUGAUCCCAAUAAUGCUAAAACGGCUUCAGGGGUCAUACCUUUGUCACUUGUGUUCUUAUUGUACGGCAUCCUGAUGUCCUUUGGGUUUCAAACAGGUGCUCCAAUUAAUCUAACAAUUGAUUUCUCUGGUCGAGUCUUUACUUACUGUGCUGGAUAUGGAUCAGAAGUUUUUAGUCGAGGAGAUUACUGGUUUUGGGUUCCACCAGUCGCGUGUGUCUGUGGAACAAUAGCGUUUGUGACAACAUACCAGUUAAUGAUAGGCAACCAUCUCCCGAUGGAUGAUGAAGAUGACAACGACGACAAAGAAGGAACGGUGAAAUCCAGUGAAAAUCGUGACGGGUUCACAAAAGAUUUAAAUCACUUUUCGUCAAAAGAUUCAAUAAACACAAAUGACACAUACAUUGCGGAAAAUACUAAGAUAUAGUAUAACUUGCACUGUACUGGCGUAUAAAAUGUAAAAGAUACACGUUCUAAAAGUGUUCAAUUGCCACAUAAUUGCCAAAAUUGUGUUGAAUUUUGCUCAAAUACGGACACAAUCAUUUUUCACGAUGAUAAAAGUGGUGUUGGUGGUAUUGGUAGUUUUCACUCCGGAUCACGGCACAUUCAAUUUACCAGAGCACAGUUCAAAGUAAUCAUGCCGCCAAUUAAUAUAGACACGCUGUUGACUAAUGGUGUCUCUUUUGUGUACAUGAUACGUAUAUCGAACAUCAUGUUUGCUUGUUUCACAACGUAUAUUUCUAUGUAUACACCAAAUGUAUUCAGCUUGAAUUUUUUACAUUAUUAAAUUGCUUACAUUAUUAGAAAUUGAAACGGUUUGCUUGCAACAUUCAAGAGAAUUAUAUACACAAAGGAAAUUUAACUGUUGCAAUAACACAGAAAUUGAUCCACUUAUUAUUUCAUUUUUAUCUAUUGCCAUUUCAUCUUUGCAAUUUUUGAAAUGUAAUUAUUUGAAAAACGAUAUUAUGUAAACCACAUUAUCUGUUAGACAAAUCUAAGAAACUAUCAUGUAAAAAGGUAAAUUUGAUUUCAGAAUUCUGUUUGAAAAAUAAUAAUUGUUAUUAAAAAGUAAAUUACCACAAAAGGUAUUAAGUGUGUGGCACCUUUUUGGUAUUAUCUUUGUCUAACUUUCAGUUUUUGCUAUUCAGCGCUUAAUCUUUAAAAAAUGUAUUUCUUUCUCUUUUAUUUUGUUUUAUUUUUGUUUUGUUAGUUUUUGCCUUUAUUUCUUUUUAUAUGUUUUAAUACAUAUUUAUAGAUGGUAUGUAAUUGCCUGCAAUAUUGAAUGUGCAUAUACAAUAAAAUGAUUAUAUCUGUACAUAUUCCACCCUGUUGGUACCAUUGCUAUAUAUUUGGUGAUAUAAUUCAUUUAUUGCUAACACUUUUUUGCUUUGUGAUAAAUAGGACAAAAA